AUGAAAUUCCUCAUCGUAUCCCUUGCUCUGGUCGCCGUCGUGGUGGCCCAACAGCGCCAGCCGCCUCUGGCCAUCCUGAGGCAGGCGCAGGACCUCUCGCCCGAGGGAACCUACAGCUACCAGUAUGAGACCGAGAACGGCAUCGCCGCUUCCGAGUCGGGCUCGCCGCAGCCCGUAGGACCCAAAGGUGAACCCGCAGUGGUCGCCCAAGGUCAAUACCAGUACACCGCCCCCGACGGCACCCCCAUCGCCGUCAGCUAUGUCGCCGACGAGAACGGUUUCCGCGCUCAAGGCGAUCACCUGCCGGUCGGUCCCGCCGUACCCGAACAGAUCCAGAGGGCCGUCGAGUACGUGUUAGCCCACCCGCAACCCGAGUACCAGCAAUAG